AGGAGAAGGCCAGAGAAGGAGAGGGGUGGGACAAGAGAGAGCAGAACACAGCGUCCGUGUGUGUACACAUGCACACAUAGCAGAUACUCCAGAAGGAUCUGAAAUUCGCCUGUGGCUUCUGGCAGCCUUCUUCGUCUGAGGGAGGAAACAUUUCGUUAUCCCUCCAUUGAGCCCUCCUGGCUCCCUGGAAUGCCAGGAUGGUAUUGGGCUGGCUGAGGCAGGAGGCAGCCCUCCCAUCUGGAUGAAACUUGGGAGAGGCACAGCAGUGAUGUGUUCAGAAGGUGCUGGCUGCUGCUCUGGGGAGUCCUCCAGGCUUACCCCACAGAGGGCUCUGUGCUGCUGGCCUGGCAGCUACCCCAACCGCUGACAUCUCCCGGGUACCCAGAGCCCUAUCCCAGAGGCCAGGAGAGCAGCACUGACAUCAUGGCUCCAAGGGGCUUGGCUGUGAGACUGGUCUUCCAGGACUUCGACCUGGAGCCAUCCCGGGACUGUGAAGGAGACUCUGUCACAAUCUCAGGCAGUGGGAUGCUUCCACACCAGCUCUGUGGUCAACAGGACUCCCCUUUCGACAGCCCUGCUGGUCAGAGAGAGUUCCUGUCCUCUGGGAGGAGUUUGCGGCUGACCUUCCGUGCACACAGUUCCUCCCAGGAGCAGCCCACCCACCUCCACAAAGGCUUCCUGGCUGUCUACCAAGCUGUGGCUCUGAGCUGCCAGCCCCUCAGCCAGGCCAGUGGGGGCUCUACAGGCCCCCUCACACCUGGAGCCACCCCCUCGGACAUCCACACCUACUGCCAGGAGCCCUAUUACCAAGCAGUACCUGCUGGGGUGCCCAGCUGCCCAGUCCUGGGGACCUGGAAGGACAGGCAGGACCAGCAGAAGUGUCCUCAGUGUGUGCCUGUGUGUGGACGGCCAGUCACACCCCUCGCCCAGGACCCCGGGAACCCCGGCCCUUCCAGAGCCCCCCUGGGCAGCUUCCCUUGGCAAGCCUUCACAGUCAUCCAUGGCCGUGGAGGCGGGGCCCUCCUGGGCGACAGGUGGAUCCUCACUGCUGCCCACACCAUCUACCCCAAGGACAGCGCCUCUCUCAGGAAGAACCAGAGCGUGGAUGUGUUCCUGGGCCACACGCACAUAGAUGAGAUGCUGCGACUGGGGAACUAUCCCGUCCGCAGGGUCACGGUGCACCCUGACUACCGCCAGCACGAGUCCCACAACUUCGAUGGGGACAUCGCCCUCCUGGAGCUGCAGCACAGUGUCCCCCUGGGCCCCCACCUCCUCCCGGUCUGCCUGCCGGACACUGAGACGCUGUACCGCAGCGGCCUGUGGGGCUAUGUCAGCGGCUUUGGCGUGCAGAUGGGCUGGCUCACUACCGAGCUGAAGUACUCCAGGCUGCCAGUGGCCCCCAGGGAGACCUGCGAGGCCUGGCUCCGGGAGAGACAGCGGAUGGAGGUGUUUACUGACAACAUGUUCUGUGUGGAGGACAAUACGCAGACGAGCAGUGUCUGCCAGGGGGACAGUGGUAGCGUCUAUGUGGUGUGGGAUGGUCAUGCCCAUCGCUGGGUGGCCACAGGCAUCGUGUCCUGGGGUGUCGGGUGCGGCAAGGGGUACGGCUUCUACACCAAAGUGCUCAACUACGUAGACUGGAUCAAGGGAGUGAUGGGUGGCAGGGACUGAGUGUGGGGCUCACGGGCAGGGACUGACCAGCACUGGAGAUGUCGAGAUCUGGGAGUGAAGGAUGAGCCCUUCAAGUCACUGCUGUGACGAGGCACUGUAGAGAAACCCUCCCUCCUCCUCUCAGCCUAGUAGGAAGCAGCACCCCAUGGCCCCACCCGCUCCAAGCUGCCUUCAGGUGUGUUUGCUAAAGGGAAGCCCUGCGCAGCUAAGCAGCUGUCACUUGGCAGUCUCGCAGCCACCCCUGCAUGCAACUUUUCUGUAUUUACCUGUGGAAGAGAGGCCUUCUCACCCCCUGUUGGAAGGCAUGCAGACAAACAGAUCCUCAUGGCAUUUUGUUUCUGAAAUAUUCCAAAGAGCCUUUAAUUGCCCUUCAGAUAUUCAAACUGUUGGCUCGUCACCUACCACAACUCCUACAGGCAACAGUAAUUUCUCCUGCUUUGUUUCACCCACUUGACAAGCAAGUUUUUUUCAUAUAAUUCUCCUCAUCCUCACAUAUGUUUGCAAAGGAUGUGUUUUUGUCCAUGGUUUCAGACAAGAAAGCUGCUAUUCAGGAAGAUAUGUUAACUUGUGACAGUGACCACAGAGGUGGUUUUCCCUGCCCCAGUGUCCGUGAUGCCUCUGCCGUUGUCUGCAGGCCCUACCUGCCCGGUGCUGAUCCCUGCGUCCUUACAGAUUCUCUCCCUGGAUGCCCUGCUUCUAUGAAGUGGACAUUGCCUGCCUUCCCACCCAUGCAGAUGUUUUGAGGGCCCUGGUACCUGCCUGGGACUUACCACAGACACACUGGCUGGUGUCAUUGACGAAUAUCACAAAUCAAAGAAGACAGUGAAUUUGUUAGCAUUGAGAGCCAACCUGCUGGAUAAUCAAAGAUUAAAUUUAUCAUUGGCCAAGUGUGAUGGUGCACCCUGUCCCAGAACUCCAGAGGCUGAGGCAGGAGGAUCACUGUGAGCUCAAGGACGUCUUGGGAUACAUAGUGAGCUCAAGCCCAGCCUAAACUGUAAAGGGAGACCCUGUCUCAAAAAAAAAAAAUGUGCAUAUAUGUGAUUACUGCUAUUUUUUAAAUUUAUGCACAGUUCAAAGAACUAUUAAAAAUAUUCUUAAAAUACUAA